AUGUCUCCUCCUGCUCUCCCCAACCUUCGCAUCCACAUCAUCGGCGCCGGCAUGGGCGGCAUGGGCACUGCCCUGUCCUGCGCCAAGAAGGGCUUCACCGACAUUCACGUCUGGGAGGCCGCUCCCGCUCUUGGUGAGGUCGGUGCCGGUAUCAACAUUCCCCCCAACCUUGCCCGCGUCCUCGACAACUGGGGUGUUCUCCAGUACUGCAACGGCGAGGGUGUGGCCAUGACCAAGGCCAACGUUCUUGACUGCGCCACCGACGAGAUCCUCACCUCGGUUUCGUACGACACCUACAUGGAGCAGGAGUACGGCUACCCCUUCGUCACUGUUCACCGCGCCGCUCUCCAGCGUGCCCUCAUCAAGGGUGCCGAGGACUCGGGUGUUGUGAAGCUCCACCUCGGCAACUUUAUCACCGACUACGACUUUGACAACACCAAGUUCAAGGUCAAGCAGGGCGAGUCGGGCGAGCCCGAGUGGGUUCAGGCCGAUGUCCUCAUCUGCGCCGACGGUGUCAAGUCGAAGGCUCGCGAGGCUAUGAUGGCUCGCAAGGGCGUCCAGGACGACGUUGAGGACACCGGACAGGCCGCUUACCGUAUCAUGGUCCGCCGCUCGGCCAUCAACGAGGACCCCGAGCUCGUUCCCUUCUUCACCGGUACCGAGUCGUACCGCUGGAUCGGCGAGAAGCGCCACAUCAUUGCCUACCCCAUCGAGAACGGUGACCUGUUCAACAUGUCGACCACCCAGCCCGACCGUCACUUCGUUCAGGCCGACACCUGGACUGCCGUUGGCUCCAAGGACGAGAUGCUCAAGACUUUCCACGACUUCUGCCCUCGUGUCCAGAAGCUCCUCAACCUCGUUCCCGAGGGCGAGGUUCUCGAGUGGAAGCUCCGCAUCCACGAGCCCAUUGCCCAGUGGGUCGACAACAACACCGCCCUUGUCGGCGACGCCUCGCACCCCACUCUCCCCCACAUUGCCCAGGGCGCCGCCCAGGCUGUUGAGGACGCUGCCGCUCUCGGUGUUGUGCUCGCCCGCAUCACCAAGAAGGAGGACGUCCACAAGGCCCUCGAAGUGUACCAGGCCAUCCGCAAGCCCCGUACCGACUGGGCCGUCCGCACCGCCUCGGCCAACUCGAAGGGCCUGCACACCCAGGACAAGGACUCGCGUAACGCGGCCUUCGCCACCGCCAGCGACGGCUCCAACCCUGACAAGAUGAUCUCGCGCGAGACCCACGACACUCUGUUCAUGUACGACGUCCAGAAGGAGACUGAGAACGCCUUUGACGAGCUCUUCGCCAAGGCCAUUUAA